GGAGUUGUCAGAAUACGGGUGUGGGAGAAAACAAAACCCAGAAGCGGAAAGAAAUGCUCGAUUUGGAAAGAUUAACAACUAACACAAACUAACCUUUACUAAAAGCAGUCUCUCUAACUACUUAACUCUUAACCUCGGAGCUAACUAGUAAAGCAAUAUCUUUAAAAGUGAAAAAGUUCUCGAGAUAUUUUCCCCGUCGAAGUUUUCCGAGUGGAAGCGAAGAACGACGAGUAACAAAACCGCGAAAGCGACGUCAGUCUUGACAGUCUACGUGAGGAAAUGUACUCACAAAACUGUCAAAUAUAGGUCUGCGGGAGGAUUAAAAUGUCCUUUUUAACAACCAGAGACUUUUUCAAACCUCCCUGGCUAGUUUUAGGGCGUUAAGUAGACACGGCGCGGCUAAGCUAAAGCUAAUGUAGUGUUAGCCGGCAAAUAGAGUAACUUUAGCGCUACAAAACGAGACAGCUGGCUAGCUGGUUAGCUUUACGAUGCAUAAUAAAUAUAGUAGAACAACUUGUUAUUGUGUAAAAGUCGCUUUUAAGUUGUUUUUAUGUGGUAGAGCUUACUUGCCAACGUCACAGACCGGUUAGUCUCUGUUCAGUGGGUAACCGGCUGUUUGAAGGCAGUCAAAACUCAACGACUCUGCGUCCAAACAAGCUCGAUAGCUAGGUUAGCUAACCUAGCUAACUUCGUCAGAAACUACCGGGGAAACGAAAGUCUAAGUUUUUUGUGUCGGUUUUCCCGUUUUGCCGUCCUCCGUGGCAGGGGCUGAUGUCUCGGAGGCGGUUGGAGAGCCGCGGGCUGGCGGCGGGUCUGCUGGGGGACGUUCAGACCGCCAUCCUAACUGAGCCACUGGACAGUUUGUACCACAUCACCGGAGAACUGGGCAGGGGGAAGUUUGCAGUGGUAAAGAAAUGUGCGGAGAAGGCUACAGGUAAAGAGUUUGCUGCAAAGUUUGUACGGAAGCGGCGGCGUGGUCGUGACUGCAGGGCUGAGGUGAUCCAUGAGAUGGCAGUGCUGGAGGCAGCCAGGAACAACCCCCGCGUGAUCAACCUGCAUGCAGCCUACGAGACCGAGCAUGACAUUGUACUGCUGCUGGAAUAUGCGGCAGGUGGCGAGAUUUUUGACCACUGUAUAUCCGAUGAGCUGCUGUCCGAGUUUCAGAUCAUCCGUCUAAUCCGACAGACUCUAGAAGGCAUCCACCUGUUGCACCAGAGUAGUGUUGUCCACCUUGACCUUAAGCCUCAGAACAUUUUGCUGACCAGUUUAAGUCCUCUGGGAGACAUUAAGAUUGUGGACUUUGGACUGGCACGCAGGCUGGGAUCAGCUGGAGAGCUGCGAGAGAUCUUGGGUACACCUGAGUACGUGGCUCCAGAGAUCCUGAACUAUGAGCCCAUCACCACAGCAUCAGAUCUCUGGAGUGUUGGUGUAAUCACCUACAUGCUUAUAACUGGAGAGUCUCCCUUCGCUGGCGAGGACAAGCAGCAGACCUUCCUGAAUGUCUCUCAGGUGAACGUGGACUACAGCAAAGAAGCCUUCUCUAGAGUGUCCGAGCUGGCUGUGCAUUUCAUCAGAAAAUUACUGGUCAAGGCACCAGAAGACCGCCCCAGUGCCGCGGACUGCCUGAGCCACCCCUGGCUGUGGCAGCAGUGUCCAGGCUCUGAACCUGUUCCCCCAAGCCCGCGGACCCCCCGAGAGAGGAGUGGUGGCAGCAAGUGGGCUGCCCCACUCGAGGAUGCAGAGGACAAGGAGAACAUCCUGGACUCGUCGCCGCAUGCCAAAAGGUUCCGCUUCGAGGAGGACAUGCAAGCUGCAAGAGAAGGAACCAUUUAACAGUUUUAAAGUGGAAAGUGCAAAAAUACACACAUCCCUUCUUUUUUCCUUCUCAUUCUUUUUUUCUUUUAUCCACCUAUGUAUUAAACCUGGCACCACCAGCACAAAUUGCUUCUCUCCUAUUAAUCUUAAAAAAAAUUUUCCAGCCACACCAAAGAUGUUCUGUUGGAGAUACUUCUAAAUCACUGGGUUAUAUUCAUCUCAAUGUUUGUGCAGGUUUCUUUCUGUUAUAUGUGAUUUUUAUGUUUUAUUGUCAUCCAGUAUCUGCUUUUUUCUGUGAGAAAAUAUUUAUUUGAAGAUUAUUCCAAUGAGGUGCCUGUAGCGUGUUUUAAAGUAAAUGAAAAAGCUGUUAGGCCAGUAUUAGGCAAUGUUUUAAUAGUGCACACAAAAAAGGGACCAGAAAUGUCAGGUUUCUUCCAGUUUUUCAGACUGAGCACUCUGGAUCAUUGUAUGCUGGAUGGCAGGGCAAGCUAUAAUUAUGCUUUUAGAACUAAACAGACCAUUGUAUUGGAUUGCUCCUUCUACCUUCUACCUGUUCUCUGCAAACAAAACUGCCUUCCUGUGGCUCAGCGCUCAGCUUAUGUGUGUGAAUUUAUGUGUAUUCUGCCCGCAACAUCAGCAGGCUUUACGAGGAUGUGACUCAAAUCAAGUCACACGCCGCACCCCAGGUUGUUCAGAUGCAUUUUCUCAGUCAUCACUUCCCCUUAGUCACUAGUGUCUGUGAAGAAAUGCCUUAAAGCACUUAAUCCCUUGUCAUUUGCAUGCCUUGGUGAAAUGCAGAGGGAAAUUGCAGAAAGAAUGUACUCUUUCGUCUGUGCUCAUAUUUGUAGCUCUUUUAUAAAACCAAGAGCAGUCUUUCAACUUCUGAACUUGUGUUACUUCUUUAACUCCAUCUCUGUAGAGCAGAGCAGUUUGAUUAAGCAAACAGGAGAUAGGUAAUGCCGUAUGGCAAACAACUAGGCAUGAAAUUAUAGCUCUGUGCACUUGGCUGGCAUACAUCAGGUUUUUUUUUUUACCUCUCAGACAACUUCUUACACGCAGUGUCUCAGGGUUAGCUCUGUAGCCGCACAGUUCAUUGAUGCAGGUUUCUCAUGCCUCUGUUUUGCUUCAUACAUUUGUACUAUAUCCUCCAGAAUAACUGCUGUGUGAGUUUUCUGAAUUUGGAUCGACAUGCACAGUGAAUUUGUUUGUGCAUGGCAACACAUACAGAUCUUUUAAUAUUUUUUUAAUCUCAGCAUUGAGCAACUCCUUUUCUACACUCUUGAAAAAGAUGGUUCUUUAAGGGUUCUUUAGUAAAGACCAUGGUUCUAUAUAGAACCAGUGUCUUAACCAAAGAACCAUUUGCAUGCUUAA